AUGUCUAUCCCUAAAACUGAGAUUAAAGCUAUUGAUCGUCGGCGCCGCGCUUUCUUCUGGACUGGUGAAGAUACGUGCCAUGGUUCUAAAUGCUUGGUUGCCUGGGAUAACGUCUGCGCUAGCAAAAGCCAUGGGGGGCUUGGCGUGAAGGACCUUGAGCUCCAAAAUCGUUGCCUGCUCAUGAAAUUCAUUGACAAGCUGUUUGCCAGUGAGGAUGCUUCAUGGAAAAAAUGGAUCCUGCAUGAGGCUGAAUCCUUAGAUACCUCCGCAACUGGAGUCGAUGGGUAUCUCUGGAAGAUUGUUAAUGAUGAACUCUCCACAUUCGGACUGACACUGGAUGAUGCCGCAGACGUCAGACUCAUGAAGCUCAAUGGGAAGAGGUACACUGCUAAGGCUGCCUAUGUCGCCCUAGACACUAGGGGGGACGCACAGGAUGCCCAUGGCCAUCGCGUCUGGAGCACGCGUGUGCCGAACAAGGUUAAGAUUUUCUCCUGGCUCUACUACAAGGAUAGGCUGAGCACACGGGCCAACCUCUUUGCUAAACACAUCCUGGCUGAUGAAGAAUGCGAGCAGUGCUCCGGAGGCGUUGAGGAUAGACACCACGUCUUCUUCACCUGCCCUGUUAGCGCCGAGGUCUGGGGUAUGCUUCACUUCGCCGAUGUUGCCUCCCUCCCAGAUGCGGAGACCUGGGAAUUCACCCCCCCUGCUGGUCUGGACAGCACGCUUUGGCCCUUCGUUCUACAGACCAUUCUCUGGAGGCUCUGGGAUGCAAGAAACGGUGUCGUCUUCAGGGCUGAAAAUCCCACUGGUAGAUCGAUUGUCUCCCGUGUUUGUGAUGAUCUUGUAAUAUGGCAUAAUCGUCUUAGAGAUGGUCAAGCGAUAGCUAAUCUAAAUGCUUGGCGCCGCUACCUCACCUCCUGUAAUUCUGCUGUAACUGCUGCUCCGAUUGGAGCAUGA